CGAGUUCCUGGUGAAGCGCGAGCACCGUGUGUGUUGUGCUGUGUGCGAUGAGGCUAUGAACCAGUAUUUGUGUGUGUGUGUGUGUGUGUGUGUGUGUGUGUGUGUGUGUGAGAGAGAGAGAGACAUCACUCAUAACGGCAAUGUGUGACGGGUUUAUUUGAGGAACAGCGCGAGCGCGAGCACCUGAUGAUCCUGAUGAGCGCGCGGGAGAAAUGUAACACCUGAAACACGGAGGAAGAAGAGCAGCACCUGAGAGAGAGAGAGAGAGAGAGAGAGAGAGAGAGAGAGAGAGAGAGAGAGAGAUGGAUUGUAACCUGUUUUGACCUCACUGACACACAUCACCUGGACAUGACCUGCACUGAGGAUUGUAAUUAACGGCGAGUCUUCUGGAGCUCAGGGGGAAUCAGGGGUUCAAGAUGGAGCGCUACCUGGUGAAAAGUUCUGAAGCUCCGCCCCUGAUCAACUACACCCACUCCAACUCAUCCAAUCAGGGAGCAGAGUUUGGCGUCGCCGUGGCGACGGAGCGGUUAGCGGUGGCAUCUCUGUUGGGUUUGCUGACGUUAUCGACGGCUGUGAUGAACGCCGCGGUCAUCACCGCCAUCUUGACCACCAAGAAGCUCCGCCUCCCCGCUAACUACCUCAUCUGCUCACUGGCUGUCACCGACUUCCUGGUUGCGGUGCUGGUGAUGCCGCUGAGCAUCCUGUACAUUGCCACGGCAACCUGGAACCUGGGUCGUGUGGUGUGUGAGGUGUGGCUGAGUGUGGACAUGACCUGCUGCACCUGCUCCAUCCUGCACCUGUGCGUCAUUGCGCUCGACCGCUAUUGGGCCAUCACCAAGGCGGUGGAGUACACGCGCAAGAGGACGCCGCGCCGUGCCGUUACCAUGGUCAUCGUUGUCUGGGUGGCCUCCAUGUUCAUCUCAGCCCCGCCCCUUUUCUGGCGUCGGCGACACGAUGAUGUUCACGAGUGUGCGAUCGAGCACGACCAGCUGGGCUACAGCAUCUACUCCACCUUCGGAGCCUUCUACAUCCCCAUGACUCUGAUUCUCAUCCUGUAUUACCGCAUUUACACUGCCGCGAAAUCCCUCUAUCAGAAACGUGGCUCCUCACGCCACUUCAGCGACUCGCUGAACCACUUCCGGGUUGACCUGUCAAACUCUGACCCCGGUGUGGAGCUGGAGAAGCUGAACAGCCCUGACGAGAGGAACCAGAUAUGCAGCUCACGCGAGAGGAAGGCGGCACGGAUCCUCGGCCUCAUCCUCGGUGCCUUCAUCCUCUGCUGGCUGCCGUUCUUCAUUAAAGAGCUCCUGAUGGCUCUGAAGGUCCUGGAGCCUUCUCCACACGUGUCCGAUUUCCUCACGUGGCUGGGAUACAUGAACUCACUGAUCAACCCGCUGCUCUACACCAGCUUCAACGAGGACUUCAAACAGGCGUUUAAGAGGCUGCUGAAGCGCAAGGAGCACACGUAGAGCCACAGAGACGUUAACGAUGUGUUCCCAUCCUGCUCCUAAAGCACAUCGCUUCCUCUUGAAUAAAGCACACUGGCCAUUUUAAGAGACGUUUUUAAGGAAUGAGGAUUAAGUUGACUUCUCAGUACACUUCCCGAGUGGCUACGUCCCAAAAAAGUAAUAUAUUUAUACAUGACAAUACUGAACACAGUGUUUACACUACACACUACACACUACACCACUAUAGAGAUGCUUUCAGCAGGCUAACUAUUUACUUAGCUAUCUAGCUAAACAUACCGCAUCCACAAUGGAACCCUAGUCGUGGCUACGUCCCAAACCAGCUGCUAUAUAGUGUACAGUCGUAUGAAAAAUAAGUGCACCCCAUGGAGAUUGUUGGCUUUUUUUGACGUAUUUGGAUGAGCGAACAUUGAAACAGCACCUAUUAAUAAAGUUAAUACUUUAUUUCAGAUACUUCACCAAAACCACAAGGAAAGUUAACUUUCACAUCAUUUAUUCAACAGAAAUAUUAUUAGAUAUUUUUCUGUGGAAAAAGUAAGUACAUCCUUGGCCUGAGAAAGGAGUAUCGGUCCCUCCAGCAGGAAUGUUUGCUUGUCCAAAUAUGUAAAACCUAACAAAACAACAAAAAAAAAACAACAACCACAGUUUCCAUGGGGUGUACUUAUUUUUUCACGUGACUAUAUAGUAUAAAGUAUAUAGUAUGCUAAUACAGUCACCACUGUUAAUGCACGCCUCCAUCGGCUACAGAAGGUAGCAGACCACUUCGUUAUUGUGCCGUAGCUGUGAAGAGACUGCUGUGUUAUCGUUUAAUCUCAUCUGAGUCACUCUCCUCUUCUCUUUAUUGCUAUAGACUUCAGGAGAAUUCACCCAGAAUGCAUUGCUGCAGUCUGACAUUGUUUCCACAAUGGUGUAAAGAGGAGCAAUAAAGUAUUUUGAAAACUGGCCUGCGUUUCUUUGACAGUCCAAACCUAAUGAGCACGCUAGCCAUUUAGCAAACCGGCUAAUGAGCACGCUAACCAUUUAGCAAACCGGCUAAUGAGCACGCUAGCCACUUAGCAAACCGGCUAAUGAGCACGCUAGCCACUUAGCAAACCGGCUAAUGAGCACGCUAGCCACUUAGCAAACCGGCUAAUGAGCAUACUAGUGAUCUGGUAAUCCAAAUACUAGGCAUACAAGCUAGUUAGCAGUCUGAUACAGAGUGUAAAGGAAAUGGAGAGGCUUCGGAUAUGAUUAAGUGCACUGUGAUUAGUGUGUGUGUGUGUGUGUGUGUGUGUGGUUUUAUAUCUUGUGCCAAAGA